CGUGGUUGUACUGCCUGUGGGUGUCUGAAGUCCCAGCUGCCACCCCUAUCCCUCCUCCCUGCCACUUAACCUUCAUUGCCUACACACAACCACACAACAGCUCGCAGAUGCAGUGGUCGUGGAAAUGAGCUUUCAAACCGUGCUACUGACCUAUGCUGGGGUGGAGAAAUGGACUCCAGAGACAGACAAGUGCUUCGCUCACUUCGCCUGGAGCUGGGUGCAGAGGUUUUGGUAGAGGGACUGGUUCUUCAGUACCUUUACCAGGAAGGAAUCUUGACGGAAAACCAUGUUCAAGAAAUCCAAGCUCAAGCCACAGGCCUCCGGAAAACAAUGUUGCUGCUGGAUAUCCUACCUUCCAGGGGUCCCAAAGCAUUUGACACAUUCCUAGAUUCCCUCCAGGAAUUUCCCUGGGUAAGGGAGAAGCUGGAGAAGGCAAGGGAAAAAGUCAUCACAGAGCUGCCUGCAGGUGACCGCGUCGCCGGGAUCCCCUCGCACGUCCUCAGCAGCUGCCCGUCGGACAAGCAGCUCAACCAGCUAGCCCAGAGGCUGGGCCCCGAGUGGGAGCCCGUGGUGCUGUCCCUGGGACUGUCGCAGGCCGACAUCUACCGCUGCAAGGCCAACCACCCCCACAACGUGCAGUCGCAGGUGGUGGAGGCGCUGGUCCGCUGGCGGCAGCGCUUCGGCAGGCAGGCCACCUUCCGCAGCCUGCACCAGGGCCUGCGCGCCGCCGAGGCCGACCCCUCGCUGCUCCUGCAGGUGCUGGAGUGACGGCGCCCCGGCCACCCGGGCCGGCCCCGACUUCCACGCACAGCAGGUGCUUUGCCGUUUAGCUUAGUUUUGUUUUUUCUGUUUAAUGAUCCUCGGAUCGAAGGAAAAAUAGGGUUUCCACUUGACAUUACUUGAAAGGCCAGAUUAUUCAGCACAUCUCCCACAUUGGCUCAAUGAUUGGUUGUUUUUAAUUACUUGAAGAUUGUGUUGUUGUAAUUGUAUGGUUUUUAAUUGUGUGGUUGCCUUUUAAUAGAGUCGUAAAUCAUCGUGUUCAAAAAAAUGCCAUGUUAUUGCACUAUAUGCAGGUAUCCUAUAUAUAAAACAUCUACUUCUACAUUGCCUGAGAACUGAACCAUGGACUUCGCUGUUCAUCAUGAUGAUAAUAAAAAGUGAAUUACUAUA